GGCCGGGCCGAGGGCCUGGGCGCCCUCUGGAAGGGCAACCUCACCGCCUGCGCCCGCCUCUGCCCCUACAGCCUGCUCCAGCUCGCCUCUUACCGCAGAUUCGUCAUGCUCUUUGUGGAUGACCAGGGCCACAUCUCCCAGUGGAGUUCCAUCGUGGCUGGAAGUUUGGCGGGCAUGGCGGCUGCCGUCGCAACUUACCCCACGGAGGUCAUCAAGACGCGGCUCAUCGUGCAGAACCAUCUGGAGCCUUCCUACAAAGGAAUUCUUCAUGCCUUGUACAUGAUUUACCACCAGGAAGGAGUGGCUGCGCUUUACCGCGGCGUUUCACUGUCAGUAUUAGGUGCCAUCCCAUUUUCCACUGGCUCUUUUCUCGUUUACACCCACCUGGAUAAAAUCUGGGGGGACCCCAGCCUCCGAUUCACUCCAGUCCAGAACUUCAUCAAUGGCUGCCUGGCAGCUGGUGUUGCACAGACACUUUCCUUCCCUUUUGAAACAGUCAAGAGGAAAAUGCAGGCUCAGAGUCCUUGCCUUCCCCACAGUGGCGGGGUUGAUGUCCAUUUUGAAGGGGUGGUUGACUGUUUCAAGCAAACCAUAAAGACCAAGGGAGUAUUCGCCCUUUGGAACGGACUCACUGCUAACUUACUCAGGAUUGUCCCUUAUUUCGGGGUCAUGUUCAGCACUUUUGAAUUCUGCAAGCGUGUCUGCCUGUAUCGAAAUGGUUACAUUGAUUCCCCGUUAAGCUACAAGCUAACUCCAGGGGUGGAUCAGAGUUUACAUCCGCAAGAACUUCAAGAAUUCAAGCUGUUUCGAAGAAAAAACGUUUAAGCCUCAGGAAGCGUUUUCCAAAAGUCACCUGGCAGAAUGGACAUGAUGUCUCUCUCUCUCUCUCCCAACUCUUAGUCUUCAGUAAGCGAGAUGAAAGAGAGACACUGGACUGUGUUUAAUAGUGUCUUAACUGUUCACUUAAAGUGAGAAACUCAACCUGUUGAACUGCCCAGCCUUUCUACCCUGUGGGCUAAGCCGAUGGAGAGAGCAUGUCUCUCCUCCUCAAAUAUUGUUUAACUACACUUACCAACAGCCCUAGCAGUACCACCCCUUGUGGUAGAUGAUAGGAGUUGUAGUCUGCCAAUAUGUGGAGGCCCACACAUGCCCCAUCCCUGAAGCAGAUCUUGGUAUGUACAUGCCAAAUAUGUACAUACGGGAGCACAAGUUGGUAGGGGAGGGUUGCCUUUUUAAAACCCCAUUCCUGUGGACCAAACUUCCUGCAAGUUCAAAUCGAAGUUGACAGUGCAUAACGACCAAGCAUGCUGGGGAGAAAGCUUCAGCCUCGCUCCCUGCUGAUGGGCGAGAGUUUUCUUGCACUUUUAGAAGUGUGACUCUGUUUUCUUACCAUCUGAAAUGAUAAGGGUUCAUUCCUCUCUUCUCAUUGUGCUGCAUGCAUGUCCCCUGCCCUGGAGGAGCAGGAGAAAGGGAUGUAUAGAGCAUGUAAUGCAAGGUGCUUCAGAUGUAGCUGGACUGCAGCUCCCAUCAGCUGUUGCCUCCAUAGCCUGUGGUGUGGGAUAGUGGAAAGCGCAGCUCAACAGCCGCUGGAGGGACGCAUGUUGCCCAUCCUUGUUCAAAUGCUUGGUUCAGGAGCAGCUGACCUUCUGCUUGCUUUGACCUGGGAUUUGGAUCAAAGCCUCCUGAUAAUGGCUGAAAGCAAAGGUGGGGCUGCCAUAAAUAGAUAAUAUGACCAUCAUCAUAAAAAGAAUGCAAAGUCUUAUUGGGGAGCUGGGCCAGGUAUCUGUGCCAUCUGGUAAAGAUGAGGCCCAAAUGGGAAGUCGGGUGUUCUCCACUUGUGUGCCGAGAAGCUAAACUAUUAAUUAUAAACCAAAAAGCAUAUGUAUUGGGGAAUCAGAAAAGAUCCAUGGACAUUGGAGAAAGUAUUGGAUGCUGUGUAUCUCUCAAAAUAGAAAUGGCCUCUCCUUUUUUAGUGGCCUUCAGAGAAUAUGGGGAUGGCUUUAAUAGCUGAGAAGCUUUGUGGGGGGGGGGAGAAUGAGUGGGAAGGCAGGAAAACUGUAUGUUGGCCAGAGAAUGCACUGAUGGGUUCUGUCCUUAGCACUGAUUUUUCAUGAACAGGAUAACUGCAUGCCCUCUUGCCUAGGUUUGCACAGUCCAAAGACAGGUCAAGCGCAUGGUGCCCCGAGGGUAUGGAUGAGCUGGUGUUGGGGGGAUUUCCUCCUGGACGGUGCCCGGCGUGGUUUGCAGAGAAAGGGAAGCCCAUCGCUGUGUUUGUCAUCUCCAUCUGGAUUUUCAAAAACCUUGCACUAUAAAUGACAAUCCAACGUGUGCACAGACCAUUUCCCUGACUCCCUAGCACGUGUACGGUUGGUGGUGUACACUCAAGAGCGAGUCAGUACAGGGGAACCUGUGUUUGUAUAUUCAGGUCAUUUUAAUUGUCAGUAUAUAGUCAACGUCCUGUAAACAACAGAUCUGAAUUUGCUUGCAAUAAUGGUUUCUGAUUUGUUUUGUCAAAAAUACAUUUGAUAUUAAACUUAACCUUUCCAGGAAACAAUAAACUAGGCAAAGGGUA